AUGGACCGCAUGCUUGGUCUGCUGGCGACCCUGGCGGUGGUGGUUCCCCUUCUGUACAUGUACACGGUCAGCGUCGUGCAGUCGCGCUUUCCGGCCGUCAAGAACAAGCGCAUCUGCCUGCUCAUCGCCCACCCCGACGAUGAGGCCAUGUUCUUUGCUCCCACCGUCCUGGCUCUGACCCACCCCGAGACUGGAAACCACGUCAAGAUCUUGUGUUUGAGCACAGGCAACGCCGACGGCCUCGGAGAGACCAGAAAGAAGGAGCUGGUAAAGAGUGGCAUGCACCUGGGCUUGAGGGACGAGGACGAUGUGUUUGUGGUGGACAAUCCCGCCGACUUUCCCGACUCCGCGACUGCCAAGUGGGACGAGGCCCGAAUCGCGACUCUUCUGUGCAGCGCCUUUGCGCCGCAACUCGUCCGCCAACGAGCCGACGACUCGGCCAAGCCGACGGCCAACAUUGACGUGCUCAUCACGUUUGACGGCAGCGGCGUAUCGUCGCACCCAAACCACAUUUCUCUGUAUCACGGCGCCCGCGCCUUUGUGGGAGCCCUGAUGCGCGGCAAGUCUGGAUGGACCUGCCCCGUCGACCUGUACACGCUCCGCUCCGUCAACGUGCUGCGAAAGUACUCGGCGUUUCUCGACGUGUUUGGCACCAUGGCCUCGUGGGCCAUGGGUGUGCGGCACGAGGACAAGGCGCACCCAGGGGGGCUCGUCUUCAUGAACCAGCUCGUCGGCGACGGUGGCCUGCCGACGGCAUGGGCCGCAAUGACGCAGGCGCACCAGAGCCAGAUGGUUUGGUUCAGGUACCUUUGGAUCGCAUUCAGCAGAUACAUGGUGAUUAACGACUUGCGCCUCGAAAAGGUCAAGAGCAAAUGA